GCUACACUUGGCUGCCACUGUUUGUUACCGUACACUGGCCUUGGGUAUUGAGCCAUACAGAAGAGAGCUGAGUCCUCUGUAGAGACCAAGGAACCCGUGCUCCUUGACUGUGGUGGUGACGCAGUGGAUUGGUCCCUUGUUGUGCACUCGCAAUAUAUAGUCAUCCUGAAACUGACAGCCUUCGAGUGGGAUUUUUGAGUCCAAAUUUCUUUAAGUGAAAACUGUAGCUACAUGUUUUUCCAUGAAUGAAUUCGAAGUUCCUUUCUGUUCCUGCAGAUUAUAGCCUCUAUGUAAUCACCUCUAAUUUCUGUGAAACUAUAUAGCUUAACUAGAAGGACUAGAGCUAUCUGCUGCUGGUAUAUACAAGGAAUAGAACACAGCAUUAUCUUGAGCUAUUCCAAAUAAUAGUCGGCAACAUUAACUCGCUACACUAGACAUUCCCGCUCCCUAAGUUGGAAAUGUCAUGUGUAUGUCUUAUGAACAUUGGCUGUAAGUAAUCUCCAAUGACCUAAAAAUAUUUUGUAAAUCAAGCAAUGUAGUAUUACAUAGGAUCAUAUAGCUACAAUGAAACAAGCCAUAUAGUCAUGUGAAUGCACAGUUUAUCCGUAAUUAAGAGGGAAGUUUCAGAAAAACUGCAUCACAGGGACAUAGGGAUAGAAAUGAGUUGUCAAUAGAGUCAUACAGUGUGCUUCAUGAUUAUAUUAUAGGUUGAUUUCUUCCACUCCAAAGAUAUUAAGAUAAUCCUUUGGGCAACAUCCAUGAUAGACACUGAUUCCACCAAUUAUGACGAGGCCAACAGCAAAGGCUACUUGAUAAGGGAUGUGCUGGGUAAAGAGGCAGUGUUUUCCUGGUGGCAUGGGAAGGGUGGCUUACUAGACUACACCAACCCUGAUGCAGUUGAUUGGUGGCACCAUCAGAUGGAUAAGGCUUUAGUUUAUGGCAUAGAUGGCUGGAAGUGUGAUGGAACUGACCCCUACAUCCUUGAGCUAAUAUUGCCUCUAGGGAAAAGAGGAAUUGUCACUCGCAAGCAGUAUUCAGACGCAUACUAUGGUGACUUUUUCAACUAUACCAGGAAGCAACGUGGAAACGAGACACUCAUCAUGUCUCGACCAGCAGAUGGGUUUGGCCCUAUUUUCCUGGACUUCAGUCCUCACUAUGUCAUGUACUCCGGCUGGGUGGGUGAUGAUGACCCUACUUUUGAUGGACUAGAGAGUGCUCUCAAAAGCUACUUACAAUCUGCAUGGGCAAACUUUGCCAACUUUGGUUCUGAUAUUGGGGGCUACAGGAGUGGGUCUGGGUCUCUAGGAAGAACUAAAGAGUUGUUCAUAAGAUGGGCUCAGCUAGGAGCUUUCUCUCCUCUCAUGGAGAAUGGGGGGAACAUGGAACACAGACCAUGGAAGUUUGAUACCACCAACCAGACCCUAGAUAUAUAUAGAAAGUUUGUUGAUGUCCACUAUCAGCUGGUUCCUUACCUCCUGACCACUGGCUCACAUGCAAUGGAAACUGGCACUAGCUCCAUCACACCACUUGCGAUGCAUGAAAAUUUUAUUGACAAGAUUAUUGAUGAUUUCAAGCCACCUACAUACAACUACCUUUUAGGAGAGAAUGUCCUGGUUGCCCCUAUAAUCAGUAAUACAUCGACUGUCCAAGUCACCUUUCCAUCUGGCUCAAGCUGGAUAUACUGGUGGAACCAUACAAUUCUGUAUACUGGAGGCUCCACCUACACCUUAAGCAUUCCACUUGAUGAGUUCUCUGUCUUUUUCAAGAAAGGUUCAUUUCUUCCUCUGAGAGUGACAGAGGAUACACCAGGGCUAGGUGAAGCUGGUUUUGCAGGUCAUAUGAGAUGGCUACUCCACCUUCCACCAUUCUCUAACAUCACAUCAUCUACCAUCAUCAGGGAGAGGAAUGGCAGCGGAAUAAUAGCUUCAUGUUGGUGGAAAAAUCCAAAAUGCCUGAUGAUUAAUGUAUCUGCCCACUCGACACUACUGUCGCUGCUUGAAGUGGUUGGGUGGGUGUCAGAACCACACAUGGUCCUGGGCGUGUCUCGUUCGGGAUCCACAGCCCUCAUGACUCCUGUUCACUCACUUGAAGAACUAUCAGUCGGAGGCACAUACCUCAUCAGACAGAUCAAAACUUUCUAUGCCAUACUUGUCUCCUUAGAUAAAUUGGGGCUAGGACAUUCCAUCACAAUGUGUGCAUGAACUUUUAUCGUACUUUUGGUUUUAUAUUCCAUAAUGUGUCAGACCUGGC